UCAUAUAAAUGAUCAUUUUUUUUUGAAAAGAGCAAGUAUUUACCUAUAUUUAUUAGGUGUUAUAGAAUGAGGUAAGGUACUUAUCCUUCUUUGCAUACAAAUUAAUUCCAUCACAAGAACUAAGCUCCGAUGCAUUAAAAAUAAAAUGAAUGUAUUUUUAAAUAAUUUAGUGCAUUAAGGCUUGAUUGCAGUGUUUGGGAAGUUCCACAUUGAUUUGAACUCAAAAUUACUCUACAUUAGGAAGCAGAGCAUGAAUCAGACAUUGAACUGAUCUCUUUUGUAUAAGGGUAAAGAUAAAAUAUUCUGUACAGUUAAGAUAAACAAAACAGUAUACUGUUUGAAGGUUGCUUUAGAUUCAACACUUCAUAGUUAAGAGCAUCAUUAGAGGUCCAGAAAUUUAUUAUUAGCAUAUCCUCUUCAAAAUGUCAUUUUACUAAUCUGUAGUCACCAUUUCUAAAUGUAUUAAGAUUAAAAGAGAACUCUCAAUUUUGUAUUUUAGAGCACAUUUUUUCCCUAUCCCAAGCUUUGGUAGACUCCCCAUUAAUGUAGAUACCUCUCAUAGCUUUUGAAACAUUUGAAUAUAUUUGCCAAUAGAUGCUUGCAUUGUGCUGUGUCUAUUGCUAUUCUUAGACUUUUAGCACUUAUUUUGAAAUAGAAAAAGAGCAGCCACAUUACCUUUUUUCAAUAUUUUAAAACUUAAAUUAUUACAUUAUCUGGGGAGUGCCUAGAACUUAGGCAUUCUAGCAUUGAGUAAGUGCAUUUUCCAGACUAUAUAAUACUGUUAAUUUCUAAUAAACCCCUUUGUACCCCCAAGUAAUUAACCAAAAGCCAUGAAGUUGUCUUGGAACUGUUUGUCAUUUAAACAAUCUAUCCAUAAUUUCCAUUUCAUGCUAAACUUUAAUGGCUUAACACUUUUUGCUUAUUAUCAAUGUUGAAUGUACAUAGAGAAAGGAAUAGGGAGAUAGUAUUUUUUUUUUUUUUAGCUAAAAACUACUCAGCAUCCAGCUAAUUAAUCUGCUCACAUUGGUCUAAUCUAUUCUCUAUUUGUGUAUGAGAGCUCCCAUAUUUCUCCCACUUAAAUGACAUCACAUUUGCAAAGGUAAAUUUGGAGAAACAAGCUAGAUGAGAGGAAUCCUCAAGCAAAAGUGAGCACCACACUCUGGUGUUAUCCUUUGGUGACAGGCUAGAACGUGGGUUCCUUCGUCCUAUAGCUGCAUUUUCCAGAUCACUCCAUUAGGUUGCUAAUGCCCGCUAUCAUUUGUAUCCCUACCAAGCUAUAAUGUAGUCUUGGGGCUCCGGCUCAGAGCAUAACCCAAACACAAGCUUUUGACCUGUCUGGUGCACUUUCAUUUGUCACGGGGGCCAAGGUGGUGCGUAAGUGGGCGGUAGAUAUGGCAACACUUCCACUGGGUGAACUUUGGGAGGGAUCCAGGACGUGAAUUUAAUGGGAGGUGAAGCUGCGACAGUACUGGGAAGUUAGAGCGGCCAACUGCAGGAAGCCAUGCUUCAUUACACCCUUCAUGGAAGCUGGCACCCUCUCCCAACCAUUGUUACCCGCGGGCCAGUUCUCGAGGCACAGGCCUUCAGAUGGUCUCUAGCGACCGGCCCGUGUCACUGGAGGACGAGGUCUCCCAUAGUAUGAAGGAAAUGAUUGGAGGCUGUUGCGUUUGCUCAGACGAGAGAGGCUGGGCCGAGAACCCGCUGGUUUAUUGCGACGGGCACGGCUGCAGCGUCGCGGUGCAUCAAGCUUGCUAUGGCAUUGUUCAAGUACCUACUGGACCAUGGUUUUGCAGGAAAUGUGAAUCUCAGGAGAGAGCAGCCAGAGUGAGAUGUGAGCUGUGUCCCCAUAAAGAUGGAGCUUUAAAAAGAACAGAUAAUGGGGGUUGGGCUCAUGUGGUUUGUGCCCUCUAUAUUCCAGAGGUACAAUUUGCCAAUGUUUCUACAAUGGAGCCAAUCGUUUUACAGUCUGUCCCACAUGAUCGUUAUAAUAAGACUUGCUAUAUAUGUGAUGAACAGGGAAGAGAAAGCAAAGCGGCCACUGGUGCUUGCAUGACGUGCAACAAGCAUGGGUGUCGACAGGCGUUCCAUGUAACCUGUGCUCAAUUUGCUGGGCUGCUUUGCGAAGAAGAAGGGAACGGUGCAGACAACGUCCAGUACUGUGGCUACUGUAAAUACCACUUUAGUAAGCUGAAAAAGAGCAAACGGGGAUCUAAUAGGUCAUAUGAUCAAAGUUUAAGUGAUUCUUCCUCUCACUCUCAGGAUAAACAUCAUGAGAAAGAGAAAAAAAAAUAUAAAGAAAAGGACAAACACAAACAAAAACACAAGAAGCAACCAGAACCAUCACCUGCCUUGGUUCCUUCUUUGACUGUUACUACAGAAAAAACUUAUACAAGCACUAGCAACAACUCUAUAUCUGGAUCAUUGAAGCGUUUGGAAGACACUGCAGCAAGAUUUACAAAUGCAAAUUUCCAGGAAGUCUCUGCACAUACCUCUAGUGGAAAAGAUGUUUCAGAGGCUAGAGCGUCAGAGGGAAAAGGGAAGAAAUCUUCAGCUCACAGCUCAGGUCAAAGGGGAAGGAAGCCUGGUGGUGGAAGAAAUCCAGGAACAACUGUGUCAGCAUCUAGCCCCUUUCCACAAGGCAGUUUCUCAGGAACUCCAGGCAGUGUAAAAUCGUCUUCUGGAAGUUCAGUGCAGUCCCCCCAGGACUUCUUAAGCUUUACAGACUCAGAUCUGCGCAGUGACAGUUAUACUCACUCCCAGCAGUCAUCAUCAACCAAAGAUGUACAUAAAGGAGAGUCGGGAAGCCAGGAAGGGGGAGUAAAUAGUUUUAGUUCUUUAGUUGGUCACCCUGUGACCUCAACUGUCAUUUCACAGCCUAAAAGCUUUGAAGGUUCACCUGGAGAUGUGGGAAGUUCCAGCCUCCCUACAGCAGGAUAUAAGCGGGCUCAGACCUCUGGUAUAGAAGAAGAAGCUGUAAAGGAAAAGAAACGAAAAGGAAAUAAACAAAGUAAACAUGGGCCUGGCCGACCCAAAGGAAACAAAAAUCAAGAGAAUGUUUCUCACCUCUCAGUUUCUUCAGCUUCACCAACAUCAUCUGUAGCAUCAGCUGCAGGAAGUGUAACAAGCUCUAGUCUUCAGAAAUCUCCUACACUGCUCAGGAAUGGAAGUUUGCAGAGUCUUAGUGUUGGCUCCUCUCCAGUGGGUUCAGAAAUUUCCAUGCAGUAUCGGCAUGAUGGAGCUUGUCCAACAACUACUUUCUCAGAGUUGCUGAAUGCAAUACACAAUGGUAUUUAUAACAACAAUGAUGUAGCUGUAUCCUUUCCAAACGUGGUGUCUGGCUCCGGAUCUAGUACUCCUGUCUCUAGCUCUCACAUACCUCAACAGUCAUCUGGGCAUUUGCAACAGGUGGGAGCCCUCUCCCCCUCAGCCACGUCAUCUGUAACCCCUGCCGCCACUACAACUCAGGCAAAUACCCUUUCUGGAUCUUCUCUUAGUCAGGCGCCAGCUCAUAUGUAUGGCGGUAGAUUAAAUCCAAAUCCACCCAUGGCAGUUCUCAUAGCUCAGUCUGACAGCAACCAAACAGAUCAAGAUCUCGGAGACAAUAGCCGAAGCCUAGUUGGUCAAGGAAGCUCACCCCGAGGAAGCCUCUCACCAAGAUCACCUGUGAGCAACUUGCAGAUUCGCUAUGAUCAACCAAGCAAUAGCAGUCUGGAGAAUCUGCCUCCAGUAGCAGCAAGUAUUGAACAGCUUUUGGAGAGGCAGUGGAGUGAAGGACAGCAAUUUUUAUUAGAACAGGGCACUCCUAGUGACAUUUUAGGAAUGCUGAAGUCAUUACACCAACUUCAAGUUGAAAAUCGAAGAUUAGAAGAACAAAUUAAAAACUUGACUGCCAAAAAGGAACGUCUUCAGUUACUGAAUGCACAGCUUUCCGUGCCUUUUCCAACAAUAGCAGCCAAUCCUAGCCCACCUCAUCAAACACAUACCUUUUCUGCACACCCUGCACCUACUACUGAUUCAUUGAACAGCAGUAAGAGCCCACAUAUAGGAAACAGCUUUUUACCUGACAAUUCUCUUCCUGUAUUAAAUCAGGACUUAACUUCCAGUGGACAGAGCACCAGCAGUUCUUCUGCUCUUUCUACCCCCCCACCUGCUGGGCAGAGUCCAGCUCAGCAAGGCUCUGGAGUUAGUGGGGUUCAGCAGGUCAAUGGUGUGACAGUAGGGGCCUUAGCUAGUGGAAUGCAGACUGUAACAUCCACCAUUCCUGCCGUGUCUGCAGUUGGUGGAAUAAUUGGAGCCUUGCCAGGUAACCAACUGGCAAUUAAUGGCAUUGUAGGCGCUUUAAAUGGUGUAAUUCAGACUCCUGUCACAAUAUCCCAGAACCCUGCCCCCCUUCCCCACGCCAGUGUCCCGCCUAAUGCAGCACAUCCGAUGCCGGCCGCUGCUGCACUGACUAACAGUGCCUCGGGACUAGGGUUACUGUCAGACCAGCAGAGACAAAUAUUCAUCCAGCAGCAGCAGUUUCAGCAGCUGAUAAACUCCCAGCAGCUCACACCGGAACAGCAUCAGGCCUUCCUGUACCAGCUGAUGCAGCAGCAGCACCAUCCACCGGAGCUCCAGCAGCUGCAGCUCCCUGGGCCCACACAGAUCCCCAUCAACAACCUCCUUGCAGGCACUCAGGCUCCCCCACUUCACACAGCCACCACCAACCCCUUUCUCACCAUCCACGGGGACAACACAAAUCAAAAAGUCACAAGACUUAGUGAUAAAGCGGGGCCUGGAGCUCAAGAGAAGAGUUGACGCUUGAAGAGCGUCCCUGCCUCUCCUGCUGCCCUGCACUCCACCAGCUGCUGCCCCGCUCUGCCCCAUUCUGCCCCGCUCUGCAGGAAGGUGGUGGGCAUGCACAGGAAGGAUGCCACGCGUGCUCUUGUAAGGCUUUGGUUAGUUUUCUUGUCGCUUUGUUGCACUGAAAUGAAAUUACUAUAUCCCCAUCCCCUACCAAAGUGUUUGAACUUUGGAAGAAAAAUGAAUAGCUAACUUUUUUGUCAAUAAAAUAAUUCACAUGCAGAGUUUAUGAACCCAAGAAAAAUGUAAUAUGCUGGGUGCCCAGCUAGUUUUGUUUUAAAUUGGAGACAAAUAGUAAAACUAAAGACUUAUUUCCUUUGCAAACCACUUGGUUUUAUUGUAAAAGUCAGAAUAUGAAGUAUCUCGUUUGGGAUAGAGUGUGCUUGCUCUCUGGGGCAGAGUUUUGAGAACUGUCCAAUUUCUUCUCCUGGAGUUCUGUCAUUAAAUAUUUGGACCAUCCAGAUCCUCAACUGGGGCUUUGCAAAUGUUGUUUUAAAAAAGUUCCUUUCUAAUGACAUUUGUCCCUUUGGUGAUCAAAUCAGGAUGGGAACACCAGCUUCUGCCGACAGUAAUUUCCUCUUGCAAAAAAAAAAAAAAAUAAUAUGCUUUUUCUUAUUGUUGAAACCUGCUUAAAAAGAGAUCUUGAGUUAAGCAAGUUCUAGGCUGCUGGGAGAACCAGAUCAACUGGAAAUGUAUAAUUUUGUUCAGAAAGAGACACCAAUGUGGAAACUGCUGGUAGGGUCUGGCCUUAAUCAAGUGUCUGUUGGGACCUCCACAGAUGAAGGGCUCUAGACGGCAGGAUGGGCCCCUGUGCCAGCAGCUUCCCCGUCCCUCUGCCUUGGCUGAAACUCUCUGCCACUGUCGAGAGCUCAUGCAAACUGUUACCUGGGUAUUUGUCCCCUAAUGACUCACAAGGAAACAAGUGGAUUUGGGGAGUCUAUGUAAUCAACCUCUCAGAACUGCCUGUUGGAACAAACGGGCCACCACAGUUCCUAAGACCUGUCCCACAGCCUUUUGACUUUGGGUAGUCAUGCUCUUGAUUGUGACAAUAUGGCAGACUGGUAAACAGUUGGGGGAUAGAAUCAUUGAUGUGUUUCUGAAAUGCAUGACUGACUUGUGGAAAAGGCCCGGCUGUAGUUCGACCUCCACUGUGCUUAGCUGGAAGAACAGGCUAGCUCUGCAGGAUGUCUCCUGGGGACACUGCACAGUUCUUACCUCACUUCUGUAAAUAAGGUUUGUGAAUCUGUUUGUAAUGUGAAAAAUUCAUAAGAUAACAUUGAUAUUUUGAUUUGUAAGAUUUCUACUUGGUAGAUUUAAUUGAAAAGUAAAAUUAAUUUAUUUUUAUAUGUUCAGGGGAAUUUUAAAGAAAGUCAAACCUUUUGUAGAUAAUUUAAAAGAAUCAGUGUGGUUUAUUUUACUUAUUUAACCCACUGGUGGUUAUUCUGUAACAAUUUGUAUAAAUGGUAAAUUUUGAAUGUGCUGUUAUUUUCCUUAGAUGUAAAAUUCCAUAUGUAUUAAAAUGUACAAAGUUUUUGUUAAUAAAAUUUAACGAUGUUUAUA